AUGGCCUCAAAUAGCCACCGCCAAGGCUCUGCACGCAGGUUGCCACUAUCGACAAACAAGGUGCUGACGUUGCCCUCAGUCGAAGGACAUCCCACGGCUGUUCCUACACGUCUUCAGCGACUUUUUCCAGAAUCCAACAGGGAAUCCGCCGAACCAGAAUCUCUCCCGCCGGAGAUAUUCUCUGCCCCGAUCUCAGGCGUGGGUGGCAACUCUCCCACCACGCCUCCAAUCGAGGCAUAUAUGGAUGGCGCGCUGAAUUACCCUGCUACGAGCACCUCCAAACCCAUCCCCCCUUCCGAUUCUACCCCCAUCCCCCCAGGGCAAAAUGCACUGCCAGACGACACGGAUGAACUCGUGCAACAACUCCUCAAUGGCAUGGAAGCACAGAAUCGCAUGCACGACGAGCUCGCCCGACUCGACCGCCAACUCGACCAGCAAGCGCUCGCGCACUCCUUCCUACGAGCGACCAAAAACCUCGACCAGAAACAACCCUACAAGGCCCGCGAGUGGGUGAAGCACGCCGAAGAGAUCACCGAACGACUUCGCGACACGGAAAACCAGGCCCGCUGUCUGUACUGGCUCGGCCGCAUCGACUGGUACGAAGGCCAUGAAACAGACGCCUACUUCCACUUCUCUGAGGCAGCCAAGAAUUUGGCCCGCGGUUGUGACGAGAUGCGCCGCAUCCCGACGUACCUGGAGUGGCUGCGUCCCGGAGGCGAGAAGAACAAGCGGCGCAACACAUUGGCGCGGCACGGAUUCCAUCCUCCGCACGAGACUCAGUCCACGCGUGUGAGCCGCAAGAAAGUCCCGGCCUCGUCCGCCGUGCCUCACAGCAUGGAGUACAACCGGUACUCGCGCCCGGGGUUAAAGCGCAAGCGCGAGCACAUGGAGCCGGACGUGGCCAUCGCGCUGGACUUGCCUCGCAAGACCGGCAACCAGAACCGGCGCGAGCCGCGCAGCAGAACCGUCAUGACGUUCGAGUCGGAUCGCCACGUCCAUCCCGGCGACAAGGUGGACGGGGACCCUCCUCGACUGCAUCAUCUGGCCUAUGACUUCAGUUGGAAGCAACCCCAGCAGCUGCCGCAUCACCCGCCGUCCAAGGAUGUGUUCGAUUUCUGCAGGUACCCCAAGGGCAGGACGAGUCGAUUCCGGUCGCACAAGAUCUUCACGAAGCAGCCGUGGGAGGACAAAGUGCCGAAGAGGACGACGAGGAUAACCAGAACCGACGGUAAGACAGAUCUGACAAUGGGCAUGCUGACCGAGGAACUGAACCCCACUCAGUACCAGGCCUUGCGAUAUGGGCGUCGAACGCGACGUUCGUAG